GGGCGGACUUCGCGCCCCGCCAUGGAGGGCGGCAGCGGGGGAUCCGCUCGCGGGACCGGCCGCGAGAGGAAGAAGAGCAAGAUCCCCGCAGACGAGGCCCCCUCGGCGGCCGUGGCUGGAGGAGACCCCGGAGGAGGAGCAGGAGGCGGGAAGUCCCGGAAAUUCAAUUUGAAGCGGGUGAUGGCAGAUGAGCUUGAAAGAUUUACCAGCAUGAGGAUAAAGAAGGAGAAGGAAAAGCCCAACGUGGCUCAUAGGAAUUCUGCUGCUUCCUAUCCAGAUACUCCUGGCUCAAGUCAGUUGCUGCAGGAUGUUUCAGACAAGGAUGUGCUGGCCCUCUUUGAGCAGAUGCUGGUGGAUAUGAAUCUAAAUGCAGAAAAGCAGCAACCUCUACGGGAGAAGGACAUUGGCAUCAAGAGAGAGAUGGUCUCCCAGUACCUGCAUACUUCCAAAGCUGGCAUGAGUCAAAAGGAGAGUUCCAAGUCUCCUAUGAUGUACAUCCAGGAACUGAAAUCUGGUCUCAGAGAUGCACAGCUGCUUAAUUGUUUGGAGUCUCUGCGUGUGUCACUCAACAAUAAUCCUGUCAGCUGGGUGCAAAAUUUUGGAGCUGAGGGCCUCGAUUGUCUGCUGAUCAUACUGAAAGGACUUCACGAUGAGAAGGAUGAAGCUUCUGGGCCAUAUGACACCCGGAUCAAACAUGAGAUCAUUAGAUGCUUAAAAGCUUUCAUGAACAAUAAGUUUGGAAUUAAGACGAUGCUUGAAACAGAGGAGGGGAUCCUGCUUUUGGCAAGAGCAGUUGACCCCAAAGUCCCAUCCAUGAUGAUUGAUGCUAUCACGCUACUGUCUGCCCUCUGCAUUCUGCCUCAACCUGUGGAUAUGCAUGAGCAAGUUCUGGCGGCAAUGACACAACGAGCAGAAAUGGAUGAAGUGGAACGAUUCAAGCCCAUCUUGGAUGGCCUGAAGAGUGACACCUCAAUGGCAUUAAAGGUUGCCUGCCUACAGUUGAUCAAUGCCCUAAUCAUUCCAGGAGAUGAACUUGACUUCAGAGUUCACAUCCGCAGUGAGCUCAUGCGUUCUGGACUCCAGCAGAUCCUCAAGGAGCUGCAUGCUCAAGACAAUGAGGAACUGCUGGUGCACCUGUUGCUAUUUGAAGAAUAUGCUGAAGAAGAUUCUGCAGAACUCAAAAACCGCUUUGAGGAGAUUCGCAUUGAAAUGGAUGAUUUCAAUGAAGUUUUCCAGAUUCUGCACAAUACAGUAAAGGACUCUAAGGCAGAGCAGCAUCUCCUUUCUAUUCUGCAGCAUCUCCUGCUAGUCCGCAAUGACUAUGAAGCCAGGCCUCAGUAUUUUAAGCUGAUUGAUGAAUGUAUUUCUCAGAUAGUCCUGCACAAGAAUGGUGCUGAUCCAGAUUUCAAGUGCAAGCACCUUGAACUUAAUAUUGAAGGUCUGAUAGAUAACUUGAUUGAUCAAAACAAGGUGGCAAAAAGUCAAGCCAAAGCCAUUGAACUGGAGAAGAAGCUGGAUUCUGAGUUGACUGCACGCCAUGAACUACAAGUUGAAAUCAAGAAGAAGGAAAGUGAUUUUGAGCAAAAAAUUCAAGAUUUUCUUCAAGAGAAAGAAAAACUAGUAGCUGAGAAAGAGCAAAUCGUUUCAGAAAAGCAGAGCCUGGAAAAGGAUAAGUCCUUGCUAAAUGACAAGAUGGCUGUGCUUGAAAGCGAACUUGAAGAGACUAAGAAGAAGAUGGUGCAGGUCUCCUCUUUAUCUGCAGAACUCCCACAACAACCAGCUUCUUUACCUGGUGAGGCAAGAACUCCGCCACCUCCACCGCCCCUUCCUGGCAUGACUGCAGUGCCUCUGCCGCCUCCACCACCUCCGCCACUUCCUGGCGCGGCUCCACCUCCGCCACCUCCACCACUUCCUGGCGCGGCUCCACCUCCGCCACCUCCACCACUUCCUGGCGCAGCACCACCUCCUCCACCACCACCUCUUCCAGGGAUGCCAGGAAUGCCACCGCCACCGCCACCUCUUCCUGGGAUGCCGCCACCGCCACCACCACCUCUUCCUGGGAUGCCAGGGAUGCCGCCACCACCACCGCCUCUGCCAGGGAUGCCACCGCCGCCACCGCCGCUGCCAGGGAUGCCCCCAGCACCGCCACCUCUUCCUGGGAUGCCAGGGAUGCCACCGCCGCCGCCACCUCUUGGGGCGCCACCUCCUCCCAUGCCACCUGGGGUUGGGUCCUACGCAGCUCCAGUUCUCCCAUUUGGAUUGCCUCCAAAGAAGCAAUACAAGCCGGAAGUUAAGAUGCGAAGAACAAACUGGUCCAAGAUUUCAGCUUACCAGCUCUCUGAAGGCUGUUUCUGGGUCAAAGCUAAGGAGGAUCGUUUUGAGGAUGAUGAACUCUUUGCCAAACUGACUCUUUCCUUCGCGACUGCACAGCCCAAAUCCAAGGCAAAAGCGAAAGAGGAGCAGGGAGAGGAGAAGGUCCAACAAAAGAAGAAGAGCAGGGAGCUGAGAGUCAUGGAUCCGAAAAUCGCACAGAAUCUUUCCAUAUUUCUGGGCUCCUUCCGCAUGCCUUACGAGGGAAUCAAAGAUGCCAUCCUGGAGGUGAAUGAAACUGUGUUGACCGAGUCCCUGGUGCAGAACCUGAUUAAGCUUAUACCAGAACCAGACAAGUUGAAGAUGAUAGCAGAACUGAAAGAAGAAUAUGACGAACUAGCUGAGCCUGAGCAGUUUGGAGUUGUGAUUAGUACAGUUCCCAGUCUGAGGCCCCGUCUCAAUUCCAUCCUCUUCAAGCUACAGUUUAAUGAGCAGGUGGAAAACAUCAAACCACAGAUAGUUUCUGUGACAGCUGCCUGUGAAGAGGUCCGCAAGAGCGAGAGCUUCUCCAACCUGCUCUCCAUCAUUCUCCUGGUGGGCAACUACAUGAAUUCUGGCUCCUCAAAUGCUGAGGCCUUUGGUUUCAACAUCAGCUUCCUCUGCAAGCUCCGAGACACAAAGUCAGCUGACCAGAAGAUGACUUUGCUGCACUUCUUAGCUGAAACGUGUGAGGUGCACUAUCCUGAAGUGCUGAAGUUUCCUGAUGAAGUCAUCCACGUGGAGAAGGCUUGUCAAGUUCCUGCGGCGGAUUUAGGGAAAAGCCUGGACCUCAUGAAGAAACAGAUUUCAGACUUGCGGCGCGAUGUUGACAACUGCCCCAGCACUACAGAAGAGAAGGAUAAAUUUAAAGAGAAAAUGUCGAGCUUUGUUAAGGAGGCUGAGGAGCAGUAUGAGAAGCUGCGGAUGAUGCACUCAAAUAUGGAAAACCUCUAUAUGGAGUUAGGACAGUACUUCCUGUUUGACACCGGUAAAAUAUCUGCUGAGGAGUUCUUCACUGAUUUGCACAACUUCAGAAUCAUGUUUUUGCAAGCCGUAAAGGAGAAUCAGAAGCGGCGGGAGACGGAAGAGAAGAUGCGCAAAGCUAAGCUAGCCAAAGAGAAGGCUGAGAAGGAACGACAGGAGAAACAACAGAAGAGAGAGCAACUGAUAGAUAUGAACGCAGAGGGCGAUGAAACAGGCGUUAUGGACAGUCUAAUGGAGGCCUUGCAGUCAGGAGCAGCCUUCCGUAGGAAAAGAGGACCACGCCAAGCAAACAGAAAAGUUGGCUGUGCCGUCACUUCAUUGCUAGCCUCGGAGUUGACAAAGGAAGAUGCUCUGGGUUCAAGCAAGCAAAGCAAGAAGCCGAAGAAGGAUAAAGACGGAGAAGCAGAAGCCCCCAAUGGAGAUACUCCUGAUGAAACUUCCACGGAGGGGAACAGCCGCCAGAGCUAGAGCCAGGCUAGGACUAAAGCCUGUGGCAGGAGACAGACACACAUGCCAGAGGAAUUAAAAAACACUGAGUCACUUUGCAGUCUUUGAUUUUACUUUUCACGGGCAUGAGACGAGGAGACAAAUAAUGUAAUCACUUCUGCCUUGCCCCCUUCUAGGGCUGUUUUACAACUUCUUUUAAGCCUUUUUAUACCAUAGUACAGGACAUCUCAUCUCGAAUCUGCCACCUGCCUUUCUCGAAAUCAGAACUACAGAGCUUUCUGCUGAGCAUGCACCAUGGUUUUGAGCAAAGAUGAGAGCUGCUGCUGUGUUGGCUCCCACACCUGCAGACAGGGUGGGGAGGAACAUGCCAUUGGGUAGCAAGGCUAAUUCAAAAUGGAACCCGCGGGCCCCACACUGCCUUGUCGAGCGUGGGUGACGGGAAGCAAGGUCACAAUUUAACGCCCCAGCCUCGUGCUGCCUUCUCAGUGCCAACCUAAGCAUCAAAUGUUGCUGAGGGAUGCAAAAAGGCCUCGAGGGCCAUUUGUUGGACCCCGCUGUUCUCUGGGUUCUCUCCCCUCUUGAGAUGUCCUGUACUAUGGUAUCAAAAGGCUUAAAAUGUCUCCACAGGCUCUCUGAGACAAGCAGCAUCAAACAUCUGGCUUAGGGUUGUGGUUGGCCAGUUGGAAAGGGCAGGGCAAGGUCAGAAGAACUGUAGGCCCGCCUCUUCCUCUCUAGCCAGUUCUUCUGACCUCGUCCUGCCCUCUCCCAACUGGCCAACCACAACCCUAUGCCAGAUGUUUGGUGCUGCUUGUCUUCAUACUCGGAGAAGAAUGCCUGUAGAGACAUUUUAGUGUUUUAGGCAUGUAGGCACCAACUGGUGGCUUAACCUGGCCUGGUCCUACAGAAAUCUUCCAUCUUCCCCCUGUAGGGACAGGUGAACAGAACUGAGUCAUCUUGGUGGGUUACUUUUUAUGCCUGCAGCAGCACAUGGCAAGACUCAAUCCUCUCCCCUUGAAAUCUAGUCGCCUGAAUGGGGGAGUUUGAUGCAGAACUGGUACCCAUACUCCCACAGCAUCACAGUUGCUUGCUGGAGCCUUGGUCACUCUUUCCCAAAGGGGACAGAACUUAGAAGGCUGUGUUUUCUAGGGGUGCUCAGGGAAAAGCCAAGCAAUAGGAUGCGUCCCAGCAUGGAGGGGUAAUUUUGUCUGCUGCAGACUGCCAACCUACUUUUUAUUGUAGUUUUUGUUUUAUUUCAUAAGUAAAAAAAAAAAAA